AUGGGUCUAGCAUCGUGUAAGCCCGAACGCGACGCGGAGCGCCAGAACCGUCAGAUUGAGUCUCAAAUCCGGAUGGAAAACCAGGCCAACAAACGGAAAGUAAAAAUGCUUCUUCUCGGAAUUUCUGACUCUGGAAAGAGUACCAUAGUCAAACAAAUGAGGUUUUUCAAGAACUCGCGUCUAGUAGACAAACAGAACACGUAUUGUAGAGUCAAUUAUCUCGAUGGAUUCAACGAGACGGAGGUUGUCAAUGCUAUCUUUGUCAUUCGAAACAACAUCAUUGACGCGUUCAAAAAUAUUUCUAACAUCAUACUCCAUUCUGACAUCAAUGUCCAUCCAGAUGAGAAGGAAUGUUUUUAG